ACCAACGAAGAGCGCGAAUUGCAGAGCAAAACAACAAACAAUCCAGAUCAAUUUACCAUUUUGUAAACACUCCUCAGUUCACCUGUCCAAAUUCGCACGCACCAGCAACAAUGUCGAUCGUGAGGCGCAACAGCGUGUUCGACCCCUUCUCAGUCGACCUCUGGACCGAUCCCUUCGACACCUUCCGCUCCAUCAUCCCGGCAAUCUCCGGUAACAGCGAGACGGCCGCUUUCACCAACGCCCGCGUGGACUGGAAGGAGACAUCGGAGGCGCACGUCUUCAAGGCGGAUCUCCCUGGCGUGAAGAAGGAGGAGGUCAAGGUGGAGGUGGAGGACGGCAACGUGCUGGUCAUCAGCGGCGAGCGCACCAAAGAGAAGGAGGACAAGAACGACAAGUGGCACCGCGUCGAGCGCAGCAGCGGCAAGUUCGUCAGGCGCUUCCGCCUGCCGGAGAACGCCAAGGUGGAGGAGGUGAAGGCCGGGCUGGAGAACGGUGUGCUCACCGUCACCGUGCCAAAGGCAGAGGUGAAGAAGCCCGAGGCGAAGGCCAUCGAGAUUUCCGGCUAAAUUUGUCGAUGAUGUGUGAUCGAUCAGCUUUGAUUUGUCGCAGAUGUCUUGUGUUCUCGUGGAGUCGUACUACGUACUAGUUGUGUUUUCUUCGUAGAUCGCUUCAAUGUAUGUACUCGUGUGAUUGUCUUCCUGUUUGCCAAUAAGAAAUAAGUCGUUUGGAA